GAAUGGGGUGAUAGACACCGUAACAAUCCACCUAACAUCUAUGUUGCACAGAAACGCGAAAAUCACGAGGAAACGGGAAACAUUAACCGUUUGCUCAAAAAACCGUGCUACAUAGCAUAACAUCCUCUGGCCCGAACCGUUAGCAAAAGCAAAAUACUGAAAUAAAAAUAAGUAUUAAUUGGAAUAAUAAAAAAAACAUAAAAAAAACCACCAAAGCUCUCCAUCAACAGCCGCCAUUCGUUUCCAACACUUGCUCACUCCACGCCACGAAACUAGAUACCUUGACGAGACGGUUAGACCCGACCUGCCUCCAUGCUUGCAUGUUCAUCACUUGACCCCUUAGCUUCCACACGUUUGCGCUUUUGAUAAAUAGAGUUAUCCUUUUUGGUGCUCGUAUCAUCAAAGCCCGCUGCUCCUCACACCACCAAAAUACCUCUCCCCCUGUAUCAUCCUCUCUGACCAGGGUUGAAACCAUAUCCAUCCUCUCCCUGACCUGCCACUUGUUUCCUCCACCCACUUACCUAUUUCCCCUGGUAGUUCUAAGUCAUUGUCCAUAUGGUUUCUCUGCUCUUACAAAACCUCUAUCCAAUAACAUAGGGCUAAAUUUUUCUGCAUGCCUAAUUAUUCCACAUAGAAAAUAAAAGCUAGACAUUUUUUCAUACCGAAAAUUCACAAUGAAACUGUCUCCAUCCUCCUUUUUUAAUUUCGAUUUCUUCCCAAAGGUUUACCAACAUCAAGAGUAACAGUAAUUCUCACAAAUGGAUUCCAAGGUUCCCCAAAAGCACUUUCAUCAACACAGAUAAAAGAGCACAAACAAUUCCCUAUUUUAAUAGGAUUUGAUGGAGUAAGAUAUCUUACAGGCAGAUUAAGGACCUGGACCCAAAAAUCAACCAAAUAGAGAAGAACAUUGGAUGGAAUAUCUCCAUACUUAAGCUUACAUAGGAUAAUUAGAUUUUGAUCAAAGAAUCAUGGUUCAUCAUCCAAAACUCUAUUCAAAUCAACUUCAUGGUAAAAUUGAAACAAAUAUAGACGAUAUCCUAAAUCAACUAUGGGUUUCCAUACAGUCGUAAACUCGCAAUGGUUUUUGUAAAAACAAAAAACGUACUGACUUUUCAGAGGUAAUGAUACCAACAAGCGAGAGCCCUACCCCUUGACUAACAUUGUCUGGUUCCGAUUCCAGUAGUAGUUCAUCUUCCUCUUCUUUCAAUGACAACCGUUCAAACGCCUUGUCCAAGGAACUCACUAUAUAUUGCGAUGAAGGACAUCUCGGCCAACGUCCCUACUGCCCUGAGUCGCUGCACCAACCAGCUACGGCUCUUGCGUAGAAAUUCUCGUUGCCUUCUCUCUGCCCCUGGCUCCCUGCCUGCUCUUAUCCGGCCGGCGGCUGAGAAUCACGAAGGGAGCCGCCGAAAUCUAACUCAAGCACGAAGAGAGGAGUUACACCUUCUAUCGCUGGGUAAACCAAAUGAAAACGAAAACAAUGAAGACGGAAUAAUCAAAGAAACAAAGCAAAACCUUCUGCUAUAAAUAAAUCCGCACGUAUGGCAGCACUAAACCAUACACCAGGCGUGUGCACGGAUUCAAAACUGGACUUGAUCGAAUCAGAAUCGGAUUUGCAAAAAAA